CUCCUUACCACGUGAGACCGGAGGGCAGGCGUCUCAUUUUUCAAAGCUCAGAAGCAAGCGUGGAAAUGCUUUUCGAACCGCAUCCAAAUUCGCACAAGUGGAUGUGAAGCCAUGGUUCGUGGAAGAUUGACGCAUGGGCAUGUGCUCGUAUCUGUGAUUCCAUGUGAAGGGGUACAGUUCGAUAUGCAGCUUGCUACCAAGCAUAAUCGCCUACAUUGUCUGCAGAGAGUACCCCUUUAUACACGCCCGGCAUAACGUGUGGAUCAGUACUAUAAUUCAGUGGCGACUGAUGUUUCUUUCCGCCAAUGCCAACGAUCCCGCUUCGAAAUACGACCAUAUUUGCCGGUAACGUUCUAUAUUGCUCCGUACGACCACCACCACAAAUCGUACAUGUGGGGUCUAUAGCCAGGCAUACAAUAUGGGAAGGCGAAGGCGCUUGCACAUGGCACUUCGCGCUCUGAGAUCAACCCGCCAUGGAACUCUUCGCAUCAAUCGCAUUGCUUUGCUUUGUCAUCAGCGGCACCACUGCCAUCGGACAACCAGCAAGCAUCGCCUUUUCUGAAACCGAAGGUACCCUCAAGCUCGGUGGAACUGGUCAAGCGCCGACUAUAGUCAUCGAUAGCAAAGACUGGCCAGGCGUAGCGCGAGCGGGCAACGACCUAGCGAAUGACUUCGGCCUUGUCACAGGCACGAAAGGGAAAGUCGCCUCGGGGACUUCCGGGCUCUCCAAUAGUUCGGUCAUCAUUGCAGGAACGGUCGGGAAAUCUCCUCUCAUUGACAGCUUAGUGUCUGCUGGCAAGGUCGACGUUUCCAAUGUCAAGGGGAAAUGGGAGUCUUUCACGUCAACGCUGGUGGAGAAUCCGGUAGAUGGUAUCGAUCGUGCACUUGUGCUUGUUGGAAGUGACAAACGCGGCACCAUAUAUGCCAUCUAUGACGUCUCCGAGCAGAUCGGCGUAUCCCCCUGGUAUUGGUGGGCCGAUGUCCCUCCAAAGAAACACAAUGCUUUAUACGCAUUGCCCAAACCGAAAACCCAAGGCCCACCCUCCAUCAAAUACAGGGGCCUAUUCAUCAACGACGAGCAGCCUGCGCUCACGAACUGGGUGAAAUCGAAUUUCGGCGGCGUAUACGACAGUCGUUUCCAUGCAAAAGUAUUCGAGCUUCUUUUGCGCUUGCGCGCAAACUACUUCUGGCCCGCCAUGUGGGCAUCGAAGUUCCAUGUCGAUGACAGUAAGAAUGGACCGCUCGCCGAUGAGAUGGGAAUCGUCAUGGGGACGAGCCACACGGAACCCAUGGCCCGCGCAGAUAAAGAGAAAGUCAAGCCGUGGGACUGGAAGAGUAAUCAGAGCAAUUUGAAAAAGUACAUGCAGGACGGUGCAACGCGAAGUAAGAACUGGGAGGUCGUCUGGACCUUGGGUAUGCGAGGCGAUGGUGACACCGCGAGCCCGACCCUAGACGCGAAGACCCUAGUCGAUGUGUUCACAGCACAGCAAGGCAUAUUGAAGAGCACCCUUGGCGUCUCAAGUCUCAAUGCUGUGCCGCAGAUGUGGUGCGUAUACAAAGAAGUCGGAGGGUACUAUCAAGCUGGGAUGAAAGUACCAGAAGAGAUCACGAUCCUCUGGAGCGAUGAUAACAGUGGGAAUAUUCAACGUUUACCCAUCCCUGCCGAGGCGAACCGAAUCGGUAAUGCGGGUGUAUACUACCACUUCGACUACGUCGGCGACCCACGGAAUUACAAAUGGAUCAAUAGUAUCCAGCUUUCCAAGACGUGGCAGCAAAUGCAUCUUGCGCACCAGAAGAACGCCACGCAGAUAUGGAUCGUAAAUGUCGGCGAUCUGAAACCCCUCGAGAUACCCAUCUCUCACUUCCUGGACAUGGCGUAUGACAUGGACAACUUCAUGAAGCCUGACAGCACAGACGAAUGGCUUGCGUCUUGGGCAACACGCGAAUUCGGCGACAAAGUUGCGCAAGGCACCACUGAAGUCAUGGCUACCUACGGAAAGCUCAUCAUACGAAGGAAGUACGAGCUGCUCAAUAUGUCGCCGUUCCUCUAUUCCACGACCAACUACGACGAGGCCGAGAAUGUGCUCCACGAGUGGGAAGAUCUUCAAAAUAAGGCACAAAAAUUGUACGAUCAGCUUGACCCUGCUACCCAAAUUUCAUUCUUCGAGAUGGUGUUGCAUCCGGUGAUGGCAGGACGAGUUGUGCAGCAAGUGUACAUCAACGCUGCGAGGAACAAAGCGUAUGCGACACAGAAGCGUAUGAGUGCGAACGAGCUUGCUGCCGAUGUGAAGGCGGCAUAUGCUGAAGAUGGCGUAAUCCAGAAGAGAUACCAUGGACUGUUAAACGGAAAGUGGAAUCAUAUGAUGGACCAGAUUCACUUUGGUUACAACAACUGGCAAGAUCCCAGCUCCAACACCAUGCCAUCAGUCACCACGAUCAGCACAACCGCCCCCUCUUCCGGCCUCAUGGGCGUCUCCGUCCAAGGCAGCACAGCCUCCGCCCCUGACUCCACACCUUUCCUCCUCGCCCUCUCCCCCUAUACCCCCGAGAACCGCACAGUUGACAUUUACGCCCGUGGCUCUGGCUCCACAGACUUCACCAUCUCAUCCCCCUCUCCUUACAUUAGCAUCACACCCUCGCACGGCACAAUCAGCUACCCAUCGGGUACGUCCACCAUCCGCGCCACCAUAUCCGUGGACUGGUCCUCCGCUCCCAAUGGCACCAGCACCUCCACCAUCGCCAUAACGCCCAAAUCCGGGGCACCCGUCACGCUCAGCCUGCCACUCAACAACGUCGCCGUCCCCACAGAUUUCAAAGGCUACGUCGAUUCCGCCGGGGCCGUGGCCAUGGAGAUGGCUUAUUUCACCUCCCGCACCGCAUCGUCUUCAGGCGCGUCGCUCGAGGUCAUCCCUCACUACGGCCGCACGCACUCCGGGCUUACUUUGCUCCCCGUGAGCGCUGGCACCCAGACAACCACGUCAGGACCCAGUGCCGUGUAUUCUUUCUAUUCCUUCACCUCCGCCGCCAGCGCAAAGGUGGUGGCGUACCUCCCGCCCUCGUUCAACGUGAAUCCUUCAUCCCCGCUGAAAUUCGCUGUGCAGGUGGACGAGGGGACGCCGGUUACAGUGAGUCCGGUUCCGGGUAGCACGCUGGGGAGUAUGCCUUCAGGGUGGAGCAAGAGCGUCAUCAACGGGGCUAGAGUAGUCAAGAUUGAUGUAGGUAAAGUUGAGAAAGGGGCGCAUCAGGUGAAGAUGUGGCUGCUUGAACCGGGGACGGUGGUUCAUAGACUUGUUGUCGAUUUGGGCGGUGUGAGGGAUAGUUAUCUUGGGCCGCCGGAGAGUGUAAAGGUAGGGUUUUGAAGCGUUGCGUGUGAGCAGGUGAGAGGAGCGGGGCGGGGGUAUCCUCUGGUGCAGACUGGGAAGUACUAUUUGCACUGCUGACAGGAAACGG